AGUUUACUGUCUAGUUGAGAGCAUCUUUAGGAGACGUUUCAUGAGUCAUAUCAGCACCACGCCUCUAGUCAACGGAGUCUAGGGGCCACUGUGUGAAAAGUUUAGGGCAUUCAGAAACCGUGCAGACUGCAUACCAGAGUAUAAUGAGAGACAUAUACCACACCAUCAGCACUCAUCACGAAACCUUAUGCGGCCCAACGCAGAAACGUGGAGCACCUCAACCACAAACUGUUUAUGUAACGAAGACCAUCAGCUCAACGCUUACAGACAACACAAUCACUCCGACCCGCACGACGACGCAGUACGUCACUCUGACAGAAACGGCCACUGCCGAUGAUACAGCGCCUACAGCGCAGCCGCGGAGUAAUUGCUACUGGCUCGCUGUCCACGAACUCGACAAGGCGAAUGACCUGUAUAAUCUCACCUCGGAGCUCGAAAUCAGAGCCCUCAGCGGUCUCGUCUCGCAAGCGCGGGAAUACCACCAGACGCUCGAGCAUAUUAUGACGGAACAGAACCUCGAACGAGCAGAGCGCGCGAAGGCCCUGGACGACGUCCUGUAUUACUUGGUUGAUGAGCCGCUAGGCCAUGGGUGUGAUGUUUUUCUCAAUCUGACGAAACACUUGAUCGGACAUGGUCCGCUUACGCCUCAGGAGAAGAGAGAGGAGGACAUAGGGGCCCUCUUCGAUGUCGCGUUGCGGAAGUUGGAGAGUGCUGCGAGGGAGAGUCUAUGGAUGCUGGGGCUAAGUACGUUAUCGUCUAGCGCGGCAGAUGUGCUCUCGCUUGUGUUGCGCAUGUACACGGUUGAUGCUCAAUCUUGCUUCGACACUGAUUGUGGGCCGGGUCAUAUCAAAAAUAUGUGGCUGACUGCGGAGGGAUUGAGGGAUGUACUCAAGGAGAGACUCGAAUUAGCCAGGGUGAAGGUACUGGCUGAUGAUAAUAAGGGGGAAUCGGUGUCUGCUAUACUUUGGACCAUGGGUCUUGCGUUGGGGGGGUAUGGUGUCGUCCGGAUUCUAGUUCAGCUGACCGCUUAGCAAUAAAUCUUGAACUGGCUGUUAUUCAAUUAGACUUUGGUUAUUCAAGGAUACAACAAACGUCUAUUCAGUAUUAUCCCUUGUUUAUGGC